GUGCGGUGCCACGAGGCUCCAAAGUCUGCCAGCGUACUGCCCCCACCUCCUGGCCCCGCCGGCCCUCGCCGGACGAUAUCCCAUGGACGCCGCCGGCCGGCCCCGACGCUCGCCGCCCGCCGACCGCUUCCUCGGCCUCUUCUCUUCCCCGUCCCCCUCUGUGCCAGCUUCCUCCCCCUCCGCUGGCGACGAGCUCCUCGAGGGCGACCUCCUCUUUCCCGCCCCGGCCUCCUCGGACCCGCCGCCCGACGCCUCCAAGAACCCGGGCCGCGUCCUGCGCGGCCACCUCGGCCUGCUCGCCGCGCUCCACGAAGGAGACAGGAAGCUCCUUGCUCGCGGCGGAGGGGGCGGCGCAGCAUCCGUGGCCGUGUCCACGGCCACGGCCGGCACCUCCGGGACGCUGCUCCGCCGCAAGGCGACCAUCGCCGCAGCGGCGGCGGCGGCGGGGACGUCGUCUUCCGCGACGCCUUCGCGGUCCCCUGCGUCCGCCGCGCGCGCCAUCCCGGCGGCCCCCAGGCCCAGGGACCCGGAGCUGCCGGCCGCGGCUCCGUACCACCAGUCGGCCCCCGUCCAGGUCCCCGUCCCUCCCCCCCGAAGGAGCGGGCGAGGGUGGGACGAGCUCGCCAGUGGGCUAGGCAACGAGGCCGACGGUGACGAGGAGCUCUUCCGGGGUGACGCCGCCAUGCUGCCCCCGCACGAGAUGGUGGCGCGCGCGUCCGCCGGCAGCGGCUACGGUUCUCCCGGAAAGCCGUCCUCGAUGCUGGAGGGAGCCGGCCGCACGCUCAAGGGCCGCGACCUCCGGCGCGUGCGCGACGCCGUGCUCCGGCAGACCGGCUUCCUUGACUGAAUACGGUAAAGGUGGUAACUAUCUUUUUGCCUUUGAGUUCAAUAAGUCAAUUGUGCUGCAUGAUCUCCGUUUUAGUUUUGGUCAGGAUCAUGCCAUAAAUCUUGAAGUGUUUGUGCCUUGUGUUCAAGGACAGGUGAAACAAGAAAUUAUGGUUAAACCAAACCAAAAUAAAAAAGGUUUUUGGUCCAAACUGUUUCCAAUUUUUGUGUCAUUGGGGAUGUGUGAGAUCAUCUCCUGUUGUAACUUCAAUGAGCGAUAAGCAGGGAGGAUAGAUGUUUGGGGUCAGGAUGCUCUCUCUCUCUAUGGUGCAGGAGAAGGGACCAAAUUUUGUGAGGAUGUUUGGUGAUUUUGUCAUUCCAAAUAUCCAAACUCCAAACCAAUGCACUUUUUGCUGCAUUGGAAUUUUGCCUUCUGAAAUCUUGUGAUAAAACUUGAGUCUUUUGAUACUCUGCUACUGUUUUUAUUAUGCUCUCCAGUACAACGAGAUGACUGGAAACUAUGUUUGUAACUUUGUAUGCGGUACUAUGCUAUAUCAUGCGGUGAUUUGUAUGGUUCUCCUUCAUAGGCUCUGUUGUAUGAGAAAUGCACUGUGAUGUUCGAUUGAUUGCUCAGCAAAUCAUCGAUGUGUGAAAUGCUCACUGUUGUCAUGUUCAGAUGAAUUCACAUGUCUAUCUGUUUACUAUUUAGGUUGCUUAAAAAAAAGUCUCUUGGUGUUAUACUUAAGUUUUAUAGCCGAACUUUGAGGACAUAAGUGAUGAUAGUGUAUGGUAUGUUCGUUUCAUAUGGCAUUUAGUCUCUAAACCUUCAUCUGUGUAGUGGAUAUUUUCAAUGAUAGUGGCAGUGUGAUAGAACGCAUUGUGUCAUCAAAUACCCUUGGCUGUUGGUAAUACGAUGCUCAUGAUGCUUAGUAUCUAAAUUUAUCUACUUAUCAUUCCUUGCCAGUGACCUCUCAUUCUAUAACGAAGUGCAUGUUAACAUCCAAUCGAACCUUCUCUUGUCUGAACAUGACCAUAUUCAGUGUUAGCUUUUCCUGCCUGUUUUUGGUACAAACUUUUCUACGCAUUGUAGCUAUUUUAAGAUGCAGAAAUAUACAUUAA